UUGGUGUUUGGGUGGGUAUUGACGCCAUCAUGGGGAGAACCACGUGUUGUUGAGCCACCGAUAAGAAUCGAUUUACAGCCGCCGGAGUCAACACGCAACCUGACUGCCCGGAAUGUGUUUCAAAGCUGGGUGACAAUGCCCAUCGAUCACUUUGAUCCGCAGAACCGUGAUACUUUUCAAAUGCGAUUUAUGUUCAACGAACAGUUCUUCGGUGGUGAUGGCUACCCUAUUUUUAUAAUGGUAGGCGGAGAAUGGACCAUUGCAGCGGGCUGGCUGCUAGCUGGUAAUAUGUACCUAAUGGCUGAAGAAAACCGCGGAUACAUGAUCUAUACCGAACAUCGCUACUAUGGAGAAACACUACCGUAUCAGGAGUUCACAGCUCAAAACCUACGAUUCUUGAAUGUGGACCAGGCCCUGGCAGAUCUAGCGUAUUUCAUUCUCGAACUGAAAAAACAGUCACGAUUUACCAAUAGCAAAAUCAUCCUUUACGGUGGGUCCUACGCGGCCAAUAUGGCGCUAUGGUUUAAACAGCGGUACCCUCACUUGGUUGAGGGAGUUGUAGCUUCCAGCGGACCUAUUAAAGGAAAAGUAGACUUUGCAGGAUAUUUGGAGGUAGUUCAUCAAGCAUUAUUAUCAGAAGGAGGCGAGCAAUGCAUAUCAACUAUAAGGCAGGGUAUAGCGGACACAAUCGCGGCUAUGCAGACAGAAUUAGGGCGGAGAUCAUUAGAAGAAGCUUACAGGCUAUGUUCACCGUUGAACUACGACAAUGAUUUCGAUCUGGGCUAUUUGUCCGGUCUCAUCACCUGGACAUUCUCCACGUCAGUGCAGCAAGCGCGCCCAGGCACUCUGCUGAGCAUCUGUAACAACUUCGCCACUAAUGCUUACGGAGUGACUCCAAUGCAGAAAAUCGGCGGUUACAUCGCAGCAAUCCGUAACUUGGGAAAUUCAUGUUGGUCGGCGAGUUACGAAGCUUUUCUCAACACUUACAAUGCUACAAGAUCAAAUUCUCGAGCAUGGUAUUACCAGACGUGUACGGAAUACGGGUACUAUCAGAUUGCACCAAGCUCCGGCACGGUAUUCGAUCAAUUGAAAUGGUUGGAUGUAGCUUUUUAUGUCAAUGUUUGCAAGCAAGUUUUUGACCAGAGGUUUGAUGAAAAAUUUGUAUACGACGCUGUGGAUCGCGUAAACCUGAUAUUUGGCGGUUUAAAGCCCGAUGUGAACAACACUAUUAAUAUCCAUGGAAUGAUCGAUCCGUGGCACGCACUUGGUGUUUAUGAUGAGGAUUUGAAAGAAGGCUCUCCCACUUACACCAUUCCUAGGGCAUCACAUUGCUUCGACUUGCAGGGCUGGUUAAGCACAGAUACCAUUAGGAUGACUCGCGCCCAACAAGCAGCAAGAAGACUGGUCUCUAGGUGGCUAUCGUCAUAA